AUGGCCGACGGAGCUUCUCAGCCGCUAAGCGAAUUCCGACUCUUCCCAGCUCUACCAACGGAGAUUCAAUGGGUGAUAUGGAGGCUCACUAUACCUAACUCGAUGGUCCGCACGAAAUACAUGCAUUUUCCGGUGAUCGAGAUCCCACAACCACCUGCAGGACACGAUCACGCUUGCUUCCAUCUUUCUACUCACGACAUCGUCGAGGUCGAGAGCCUUACGUUUAUAGAUGAAUGCCGUGUCCUGGGACCAGAUGCAUACAAACCUAUCGGUGAGGCUGUGCGGGGAUAUCGUGCAAAGAGACCGGUGGUUAGCUACGACUCUGAGGUAACCCGAGUGAAGUUCCUAUUCGACAUGGCCUCUCGCCGUCCAUCCAUAAUAGUUUGCCAUGCUCCCAUCGGCAGUGAUCCACCACAGUAUACGCCGCAAAAUUCCCUCGCCAUCCGCUCCUCGUCCCUCGAAGAAUGGGUCUUCGGCUCCAGCAUCACCGCCGGCCACGUACCCCCGGUCCUACGCCGCUUCUCCACGGGCGACCCCGAGGAAUGGAGGACCUACAGCGGCGGCACUCUCAUCGGAGGGGACCAGUUCAACCGCACGUACAGCCUCGCAGGGCUCUGCUCUCGCCCGGCCGAAAUCCUGACUGCGUGGAUAUGGCUCCUGCACACGUUGGCCGACGAGUCGGAUUCUCCGUAUAUGCAUAAUACGUCGCUCGGGACCGUCCUGCGUACAUUCAUCGCUGUUAUGGAUGGCCAUCCGUGCCCCACGUGCCGUUGCCCCAUUAUACCGAGAAUUCGAGAGCGCUACCCCGAGCUACCGCUCGAGACAAUCGGUAUCGUAUACUGGAUCUAUUACCUCAUCAAUCAGCCUUACGUCACGUGGGAGUAUAGCCAUGCGCCGGGUUAA